GAAUACUUUACGUGUUUUGACGUUCAAUAUCACUUGUGUGGGUGAUAGGAGUGUAUCAAUAAGAGGACAUACACACACCUAUGUUUACUAUUGCAUCACGCGUCUCGCGCGCGCGCUCGGUUGAAAGAAAAUAAUGAGUUUCGCCAAGUGUUAGACUUAAAUAUGGUAAAAAAAGACACGAAUUAUACACGGUUUUUCCUCACACUUUACUCGUGAAUUUAUUUCCAGCCAUUUCCACUUUCUAUGUAUUUCCUAGUCUUUCGACAGUUUUGACAUUUCGGUGUUUAACUUUCUAAAAUUAACGAUGCUUAUUAUUUGACCAAAUAGAAAUUAAUUUGACACGGUAGUCCUGUUCUAACUUGUAAAAUGCUAUAUCUUCCGAGAAAUCCAGUUUUCUGUUURCCCUCGUCAACCAUUCUGACUCUGUUGCGAGUAAAGUCUGACGACUGAUUUUCCGCUUGACAGAACACACUAUAACGUUCACUAUCGAAGUCUUAAAAAACGUCUCAACAUUCCGAAUGGCCAGGAAAACUCUCUUGCUGCUGGCCCURGUUCUGAUGAACAACGUGAUGUUGUUUGCGCAGAGUAAAACAUUACCUUUGGUCAAGAAAUCGUUUCGACGCCGCCAUGUAACAUAUCUGACAUGCCCUACUGGUUGGACAACCUACAAAGGAUCUCCAUCCUGUUAUAAAAAUUCAGAUCACCUAGUCAACAGCUGGUACACGGCCCGCAAGGCAUGUCUGGCCUCAGGAGGCGACCUUGUAACGCUCUCUUCAAAACAAGAAAACAACUUCGUGGCAUUGCUCUCCCACACAUAUUUUCCUGCUGCUCAUAGCACAUGGAUUGGGAUGAUUGCUGAGGAAUUGAAAGGCAAUAAACAGGGGAAAUUCCACUGGGUUGAUGGUAGGCCGAUUGAACACACUAUAACGUUCACUAUCGAAGUCUUAAAAAACGUCUCAACAUUCCUAAUGGCCAGGAAAACUCUCUUGCUGCUGGCCCUAGUUCUGAUGAACAACGUGAUGUUGUUUGCGCAGAGUAAAACUUUACCUUUGGUCAAGAAAUCGUUUCGACGCCGCCAUGUAACAUAUCUGCCAUGCCCUACCGGUUGGACAACCUACCAAGGAUCUCCAUCUUGCUACAAAAAGCCAAAUCACUUAGCUAACAGUUGGUACGUGGCCCGCAAAGUAUGUCUGGCCUUAGGAGGCGACCUUGUAACGCUYUCUUCAAAACAAGAAAACAACUUUGUGGCAUUGCUCUCCCACACAUAUUUUCCGACUUCUUAUAGCGCAUGGAUUGGUAUGAUUGCUGAGRAAUUGAAAGGCAAUAAACAGGGGAAAUUCCACUGGGUUGAUGGUAGGCCGAUUGGUCAGUACUUGAAUUGGCACACCGGUGAACCAAAUAAUGAUGACCUUCGUGGUAAUCCUGAAUACUGUGGUUCCAUCAUUAUAUAAAAAAGUCAUCCUGGAAUGAAAUGGAAUGAUUUGAAGUGUGUUGUCACUUCAAAAUUACCUUUUGUGUGUGAAAGAGAGAGAGCCAAACGUUUCAUUGGGUAUUAAUUUUGACUCAAGAAUUAAAUGUAAUAAGGUUCUCUGACAGCAAAACACAAAUGGAAAUGUAACUGGAUAACACGGGAAGAAAAUAAAUUAAAAGGGAUUAAAUCACGAAUAUGU